AUGGCGUCAAUAGACCCCUCGGCUGCGCUCAUCUAUGCCCUUCAAUGUCCUGCAGAUUCUUCGGAGCAAACGCAGGCGCUGAAAGGACUCCGUGUAUUACUUGAGAGCGAUCUAGAGGCCCUAAAAACACUAUGUCCCACCCUUCUGCAGACCGCUGUGAGCAUGCGAGACACAGUGUUCAAGAGAUGGACAAUCGAUUUGUUUCAUUUUUCUAUUUCCUCAAAUCGCCUAAGUUUGGAAAUUCGUACACAAUUGGCACUUCAAUGCGCUGACACUUGCGCAUCCAUACUAGCAACAUCGACAACUACUCAAAUAUUGAAACGUAUUAUACAAUGCUAUGCCCAACUAUACCCAUUGCUCUUCCGUUAUUUGUGUAUCAACCGUGCUAACCGACAACCAUGGGAUGUUCUUUCCAUCGCUAAGGGUCGCAUUGUAGAGUUUCUCGAAUCCUCUCCCCCAGCUCCAGUGGGAGUCCGUCUAGCGGCAUUGAAGUUCGCUCAACGCGUAAUCUUGGUCCAGACACGAGGCGUUAGCGACCCUCGAUUGCAAAACAAAGCGGACCCAAACGUUUCCCUCAUCCCCUCAGAUCACCUAUUCAUUAAUGCUACUGCCCUUGAAGCCGAGGGAACUCAAUUACUCACGCUCGUUACGACAAUUCUUUACAGUUCUUCGGACUCCGACUCAGUGUCUGCCGUCAUCAAUUCCUUCGGCACACUCGCGAAGGCCCGUCCACAACUUCUCCAGUUUAUCAUUGAGGCUACCUCCAAAUGGAGUCCCGCUAAGUUAGCUGGUCAAUCCACUCUCAGGAUCCGGAGUGCGGAGAAGUCUAUAUUUAUUCUGCUCAAUUAUCUAUUAAAGUCAGGUGUUGGUCAGGCCUUUACCAUGGAUAUUGCAAGGGCUUUGGAGCAAAUCUCUGAGCGGAUCAAGCAAAUAAUUCGCGCCGAGCAUGCCCGUCGAACAGCUGCAGCAGAAGCAGAACGUGAACGAAUGAAAAGGGCUGCAUCAACGCCUCUCGCGUCUUCGGACCCAAAGCGCGCAAAGCUGGAACCCAGCGACCCUGACACAUCCUCUGCAGUUUCUGCACUAGCCAAUUUCAAUUUUCAGGACUUAUCUGCCGAACUGGUUACAGAUUUGAUUGUGGCAAACCUUCAGCACUUCUCCGUUCACGACAUUAAUACCGCAAUUGAUAAUCUACGCACCUUGAAAGCCGAGUCCAGUCGCACAGCUACGGCUACACCAGAACCAUCUACCCAGGAGGCACCACAGAAGCCCGACCUGGAUGAUGAGGAGAUGGAGUAUGAGCCUGAAAAACUCAAUCGCGAACUUGACUCAGCAGAGGCAUCGCAGGCAGCCGAAACCAUUGACGAUUCCGCCGAGGCCGACGAGCUCGCCCUUCAGCUGCAGAGCACCACAUUCGACCUACCACCGCCCCAAGAACUUGAUAUCGCACAGGCAGAAUCCUUCAUACGCUCUGCGAUGGUUCGCAUUUCAAAGACUGGUACAAAACAGUUGGAGCGAGUGCAUAUGAAUCUCAUUGCAGUCCCUCAUGAUGCCGAUUCUGCCCCGAUGCCAGAACUAGGGGCGAACAACGAUGAGUUAUUGAAACCAAUACCAUCGCACGAGAUGUGGAUUUUGCUGUUCGUGCGAACCGUUACGCGUGGUCAACGAAGUUCUGUCAGCACCCUAGCAACGGGGGAUCCAGGUACACAUGGACAGGAUGCGAAAGAGGAGCAGGACACUACAGUCGGCAAAACUGAGCCAGCUUUAUCGGCCGGAGGGCGAAACGACGGUCUGCGCCAAAUGAUUUGUAAUUACAUUAUGGAGGAUUUUGCUUCAAGGACGCGAAUUGCUACGAUCUGGCUCAAUGAGGAGUGGUAUAAUGAAGACGUACGCGGCGGCGAGAAAUCUGAGCGAUCAACAUACGAAUUCUGGCUUCUACACUUGCUCGAGCUAUAUAUACCACACAUCGAAGCGACGGAUCGAGUGCUGACCAAGUUUUUGCUUGAUCUUCCCCACCUCCCUCAGCGUGUUCUUCAGUACCUAGCCGAUCUAGCCACUGAUCCUUCAACGGCUGCACCAAGCUUCAAUACGUUACGGGACCUUGCGCUCUUAAAACCCCCAAUGCGAAGCAAUGCGCUCAACAUUCUGCUCCAGCUGACAACACACCCAGACACGAAAACGCGCAUUGUGGCAAUAAACACAGUCAAAAAAUGGGUCCCGGAUGUGAAACCGCUGGACAAGCUUGUCCAAAAAUUUGCUAUUAGAUUAUUGAGACGACUAGAAACACGGACAAAAUCUAAAGCUAAUGGAGUAAUAGUCCAAAGCACUCCACAGGAGUCGGAUACAGGGAGAGAGGUGCCUCCAUCAUCGCCCCUUGAGGAUGGGGAGGAGAGGCCCGAUCCAGAGUUGGACAUGUCUGUCACAACCCCCUACUUGCCUGGCACGCUCACCACACCAGCAGAGUCCGCGCAAGUGCUUCAGCACGUGCAAUUACUGUUUGCACUCUCCGUGAAAGUUCCAGACCUCCUUGAUGAGAUUUUCUUAGCAUACAACAAAAUGGAAGACUCAGUUCAAGGAGCCGUUCAGGAUCUUCUCACCCCUCUCAUCCGAUUAUUGGGGUCAUCACAUGGCAAAUUAUUGACAGUCUUACGCACAUUCUCCCCCGGUGCGGAGUCGCUUGCGCUCCGCGUGCUGAGAAUUCUUACCGAACACGGUCGGCCCAGCCCCCCCCUUGUUGCACUCGUCAAGAGUCUCAUCUCCGAGCGGGACCUUGAUGCUCGUUUUCUCAUUCCAAUCAUCGGGGAACUCGAUAGAGCAGAGAUUGAAAAGCAACUCCCUAGAAUUGUGAACCUGCUUACUGGCAAGCCUGAGGAGAGAGAUAUGGUUCGGUCGGUGUUUUUAACCAUCGUGGAACCACCGUCUCAGGGUUUUGGCACUGCAUCGACGAACGAGCCGAGAGAAAGGGAAAGCGAGUUGUUGAAGCCUGUGGAGCUAUUAAUGUUUCUGCACGAAACCGACAAAGGCGUCAACACAAGGUCGGCAAUUGAAGGGAUCGACAUUUGUUUUGGUCUCACUGAGUUAUUCCCUUCGGAAGUAUUUGCCGUCGGGAUGCAACAAAUCGUGGACAAACCGACUCUACCUGUGUUGUUCAUGCGAACGGUGAUAAUAGCCGUGAAGACCUAUAAGUCAUUGGUGCCUUUUGUUGCAAGAACCCUUAUGUCCCGUCUUAUCCUCAAGAAAAUAUGGACCGUUCCACAACUGUGGGAUGGCUUCAUGAGGUGUGCUAGAAUAAUCGCUCCUGCUUCAUAUGGAGCCCUUCAACAAUUACCGCGAGAACAGCUUGCGGAGGUGGCUGAAAAGCACCCCGUGUUACGCUCUGGUUUGCGCGACCACAUUAUCAAAAAAGCUGGCGGGACAAAGUCAAAAAUAUUGGAUGUAUUAGGUGGGGACGAAAGUUCGACUCCCGGGACCGGUUCAAUGCCAGCAAAUGUUGCGCCUGCACAACUUGCCUCUCCAUCAGCCUGA